ACUGCUGCUCCAACAACAACUACAGCAGCCACUUCAACAACUGUUGUUCCGACAACAACAACUGCUGCCCCGACAACAACAACUACGGCAGCAACUACAACAACUGCUGCUCCAACAACAACAACUCCUGCCCCGACAACAACAACUACUGCAGCAACUACAACAACUGCUGCUCCAACAACAACAACUCCUGCCCCGACAACAACAACUACUGCAGCAACUACAACAACUGCUGCUCCAACAACAACAACUGCUGCCCCGACAACAACAACUGCUGCUCCAACAACAACUACGGCAGCAACUACAACAACUGUUGCUCCGACAACAACAACUGCUGCCCCGACAACAACAACAACUGCUGCUCCAACAACGACUACGCUAGGAACUACAACAACUGUUGCUCCAACAACAACAACUGUUGCUCCGACAACAACAACUGCUGCCCCAACAACAACUACGGCAGCUACUACAACAACUGUUGCUCCGACAACAACAACUCCUGCCCCGACAACAACAACUACUGCAACAACUCCUGCCCCGACAACAACAACUACUGCAGCAACUACAACAACUGCUGCUCCAACAACAACUACAGCAGCCACUACAACAACUGUUGCUCCGACAACAACAACUGCUGCCCCGACAACAACAACAACUGCUGCUCCAACAACGACUACGCUAGGAACUACAACAACUGUUGCUCCAACAACAACAACUGUUGCUCAGACAACAACAACUGCUGCCCCAACAACAACUACGGCAGCAACUACAACAACUGUUGCUCCGACAACAACAACUCCUGCCCCGACAACAACAACUAUUGCAGCAACUACAACAACUGCUGCUCCAACAACAACUACAGCAGCCGCUACAACAACUGUGGCUCCAACAACAACAACUCCUGCCCCGACAACAACGACUACGACAGCAACUACAACAACUGCUGCUCCAACAACAACUACAGCAGCCACUUCAACAACUGUUGCUCCAACAACAACAACAAUGGCAGCAACUACAACAACUGUUGCUCCGACAACAACAACAGCAGCAACUACAAGAACCUUUGCUCCGACAACAACAACUCCUGCCCCGACAACAACAACUACGGCAGCAACUACAACAACUGCUGCUCCAACAACAACUACAGCAGCCACUUCAACAACUGUUGCUCCGACAACAACAACUGCUGCCCCGACAACAACAACUCCUGCCCCGACAACAACAACAACUGUUGCUCCGACAACAACAACUGCUGCCCCGACAACAACAACUACGGCAGCAACUACAACAGCUGCUGCUCCAACAACAACUACAGCAGUCACUUCAACAACUGUUGCUCCGACAACAACAACUGCUGCCCCAACAACAGCAAUGGCAGCAACUACAACAACUGUUGCUCCGACAACAACAACUCCUGCCCCGACAACAACAACUACUGCAGCAACUACAACAACUGUGGCUCCGACAACAACAACUCCUGCCCCGACAACAACGACUACGGCAGCAACUACAACAACUGCUGCUCCAACAACAACUACAGCAGCCACUUCAACAACUGUUGCUCCAACAACAACAACUGUUGCUCCGACAACAACAACUGCUGCCCCGACAACAACAACUACGGCAGCAACUACAACAACUGCUGCUCCAACAACAACUACAGAAGCCACUUCAACAACUGUUGCUCCGACAACAACAACUGCUGCCCCGACAACAACAAUUGCUGCUCCCACAACAACAACUGUUGAUCCGACAACAACAAGUCCUGCCCCGACAACAACUACGGCAGCAACUACAACAACUGUUGCUCCGACAACAACAACUCCUGCCCCGACAACAACAACUACUGCAGCAACUACAACAACUGCUUCUCCAACAACAACAACUGCUGCCCCGACAACAACAACUGCUGCUCCAACAACAACUACGGCAGCAACU